GACCCUUCGGCUGCUCUAGCGCGCAAGGAGAAAAAAAGGAGAGAAAAAGUAGAGGGAGGGAAGUGGAGGAAGAUUAUUUAUCUCGAGUUGACGCCGACGCAAAGGCAGAUGGAUUUCCUGUACGGUACGGGUAUUGCGGUCUGACACGGUAAAGUUACCAGACAGUAAGAUACCGUGUGACACGCUAACCCCAAAGCGGGCUAAACGCUCAGCUCCUUUCAGCAACUCGGCGCCAAAGCCUCGCCUUCUCUCCAAAAGCACCGAGUCGGAUGGUGGCGAUCUUUGGCCGCCAGGAGCACGGCAGAGCUGAGGGUGUGUGGAGUGUCAGGGUGUGGAUGAGGGGAUCGGGUAAGGCGCUUGCCGUGCCUGCUUGUCCGGCAGUGAUCAAUGUGGAGGAGAGAAUGAGGAAAAGUCGCUGGUCUGUCUGUCCACUGUGGGAAUCCAACAGUCCAACAAGUCAAAUCCUCCAGGAAGUUUCGCGCCUGGUACCUCGAGUCAAAGUCUCCGUUACCCUGUCAUUGUUCCCAAACACAAAUGCAUCCUGCAAAUACAACAUGCCCUUAUCGCCGGGACGGCACUCAUUUCUUGACUCCUCACGAUCUCUCCGGCUCGAAGAUGUGCGUUGGCCCCUCCUGGUUCGCUCAGCGUUAACGCGCAAGCCCACCUUCCGGCAAGAGGGCGGCUCGCCCAUCCGCAACCCCAACUUCUGCACAAGCCAUGGCUUCAGAACACCUAUUGCGUGCUGCGAUUAGCGCUGCUUGUUGCAUCCUUCAAUUUCAUUGUUAUUCUACUCUGGCAGCUGGGCCAAUCUGCCGAUGCUGCUUGUCUCUCUACCUUAUUUCGUCGGCACUUAAUCUAUCGGGCGGCUGCAAGUCAUG